AUGCCUGGUAUGAAACCAUUUGGAAUGUAUCUAACACUUUUCCAAUUUAUUAUAUAUAGUAUUUGCGGAUAUACGGAAAGAUUGUUGUACAGCGAGAAUGAGCGGAAGAUUCCUUUAAGGAUUUAUUAUCUGCUAUCGUUCUUCACUGUUGCAACUAUGGGACUGUCGAAUGGUUCUGUUGGCUACCUCAAUUAUCCAACUCAGGUGAUUUUCAAAUGUUGUAAACUUGUUCCUGUUCUUAUCGGUGGAAUCGUUAUACAAGGUAAAAAAUAUGGUUGGGUAGAUGUGAGUGCAGCUGUGCUUAUGAGCGUAGGAAUGAUAAUGUUCACUCUGGCUGAUAGUCAUGUGUCUCCUAAUUUUGAUCCUCGUGGUUACAUUAUGAUAUCUGGUGCACUUUUGGCAGACGCAGCCAUUGGUAAUCUCCAAGAAAAAAACAUGAAAAAAUAUGGUGGAUCGACCAACGAAAUGGUUCUCUACUCUUAUUCAAUCGGAGCUGUGUACAUUUUCGCAUACACCAUAAUUUCCGGCGAAUUUACUAGUGCUUUUGAAUUCUUCCUCGAUAAUCCGCGGGUAACGUAUGGAUAUGGUCUAAUAUUUGCCCUUUUGGGUUACUUUGGAGUAUGUGGUGCAUUUGUUGCCGUUACUGUGACCACUUUACGCAAAGCCCUCACUAUUAUACUUUCGUUCGUCUUGUUUUCAAAACCAUUCACAGUGGAAUAUAUUUGGGCAGCAUUGAUUAUUCUUCUAGGUAUUUACCUCAACGUUUACAGGUAA